UUUUUUCGGAUUGAUACACUUCGGUUCUAUUUUUUAUUCCACACAAUAAUUCAUUUCAACCGCAAGCUCCGCACGAAGAUGGAAACUUUUUUGUUUUGUUUUUCGUUCGUGAUGAUUCUCAGCGAUAGAGUUAGUUUGAUAGUGAUAGCGCGCAAAAAUAGAAGUUCAAGUUUUAGCUGUUCAUCCCCAUCUGCAAAAAAUACGCGUUCUAAAUACUACUUACUUUAAUAAAAACCACUUCAAUUACGAGCCUACUCUCUACUAAGAACCCCGCUUUGCCUCGCAGAACAAAGCAGUACGAAAAAUGGGUUUCGGUCUGCAGUGGGUCCUGUCCGAUGAAUCGCACUACCGGGAGUUUGUGUGCAAGAUUUGUCUGGACCUGGUCGAACUCCCCGGGACGUACACCAAGUGCUCGCACGUGUUUUGUAACACGUGUCUCCGCCAGUGGGUGCACUCGCUCGCGGACACGAGAAGUAAUGCGCCCGGCAACGAUCAUGAUGGGUACUAUCUCGACGCUUUCAUGGAUCACGCAGGAGGGAAUGCCUUCGGAAGUGGCGGAGGUUCAUCCGCGAACGCUUUCUCUUUUUCCCCGCCCUCCGACCGCAGUGGUACUACGCAGACAGUUCCAACGAUUCCCUGUCCCGCGUGCAAGGAGCCACUGACCAUGAACAGAGACCUUUUUGUCUUGCCGAAAAGGGAGCCCUUGGCGAGCCGCUUGCUGAGCAACAUCCGGUGUCGAUGUCCCUUGGAAAACGGCUGUCCCUGGCAGGGGGACUACUCGGAACUGCAAGCGCACUUAACAAAUCGGGACGCGCACAACGCACCGAGAGCAGGCGGCGGGCUGGAAAAUGCUAGUUCUACACCGCCGACAAAGAUGGCGGGUGUCACGACUGGUACUAGUCGUGAUAAGAUGGACACCAUAUCAACACAAGAGGACGAAACAGCGCAGGUGACAUGCCCCACGGCACCAGGAGUGGGCGAUACUGACGCCGCAGUAUUUUCGACUCGUACCGGCGGCUCGACGAAGCAAGUUUCUGCACCGGGAACAAAUGGUAAUGGAAGCACUAACACUCCCACACUACCUGUACCUCCACAAGCCCAAACCCCCUCCAUCUCAUCUCCAGACUCAUCAGACCCGAGUGCUCUGCUGAAAGAGCCCGAGGGCCUGAAAGAGCUCGGGAACGCCAGGUUCAAAGCCGGUGCCUAUCAGGACGCAAUACAGCUGUAUUCGAAGGCCUUAGCGACACUCCCAGACAUAACAAGCUCGGGCAGUUCAUCUCGACCAGGCUCGGCAGCUUCCGGAGGACCAGCGAAGAACACGGGUAAUGCUAAUAAAACAGCUAGCGCAGCGUCCUCUUCCUCGCGCGCCGGGGGUUCUUCCCAGUUCAUCUUGCCCCCUUCUCCACUCCAACUUGCCACUGAAAGAUUGCAGGCCCGCCUGCAAGCCAACCGCGGCGCCUGCUGGAUGGCGCUCGGCGUGCACAAAAGCGCCGUUGCGGACUGUCAGGAGGCCUGCAAGGCUGACCGCUAUUUCGCAAAAGCCUUCGUGCGGCUGGCGUCCGCGAUGUUUUUGUCGGGAUCCAGUGUGCAAGAAGCCAUCGCGGUUCUGAUGGCAAGAAUCGGACAAAACGAGCAAGAUAAUGUUUCUAACCUCAGCACAUGCACAUCGCAGUCGCACACAAGCACAUCAACUCCUUCUCUAGCCACCGCUUCCGAAAAGGACCAAUGUCUGAAGGAAAUCCGUGCAAAAGUCUCCGAAUUCUCCCUCCUGGCAUCCGCGUUGAAAGAUGGGCAAGACGCGCUUUCCACCCUGCAAGUUCAGAAAUGCGAGCACCUGUUUCAGCGCGCGCACGACCUGGCCGCGACCAGCUUCGGCGCGACCCAGGUGCCGCCGGAUUUGCAGUUGUGGCUCGCGCGGGCGAAAAUCGCGAAUGGCAAAUCCGACCACGCGAAUGGAGUGACCAGGAGGGUUUUGCGGGGGAACAAGACGAACGCCGAGGCUUUGACGGUGCAAUCCACAAUAUUACUCAUCGACGGAGAGACGGAAAAAGCGUUGCAAUUAUUGAAGGAAGCGCUCCGGCUCAAUCCGGACUUGCAGGAGGCGCAGUUUGUUUUCCGGAAAAUCGCGAAACCCUUUUCAAACGCCUUGCAAACCGGGCGGGAAUUCGUGAAAACGCGAGACUUUGCGAAGGCGCUGGACGCCUUCCUCGUUGGGAUUGGGUUGGUUCGCGAAAAACUACAAGCGCAGAGAAAGACGAAAGUGAAUGGUGCACCUACAACUGGUGCAGCUAAGGCUGUGCCAAUAAACGGGUCGUGCACAGAGGAAGGACAGCAGGAGACUCCGCUGAUUGAGCCAGUGUCUUCAAUUGCCAGUGGUUGUAGCGGCCAAGAACAUCAAACCACUGGGAGGUGGCCCACGUCGACCAAGGAUGAAUCUAGCGCAAUCUUCCCACCUCCGCCUCCGGUCGACACUCUCGCGAAGGAAGCCGCGGUUGUUCUCGGUUUAUCGACCUCUGUGCUCUACGUGCAGCUGCUCUCGGAAGCGGCUACCGCGUCGUUUCGCUUGAAGCGGUAUGACGCAGCGUUGAAAUUGUGCAACGACGCGCUCUACGCCCGAGCCGACUACUAUGGAUGUGUCAGAGUUGAAAUCGACAGAGUUGAAAUAAUCUGCCAUGCAUAAAAUGCAAGGCAUGCAGUGCCUGUCUUGCCGGGAUGGCAAGCGAGGCCGAUUGUGAGCCUGUUUAGAGUUUGAAAUAGAGCUACUAAACUAGCAUGAUAAAAGCAGUCUCCAGUGCCUAAACAGCAUGACAAAUUGGAUUCCGGUUCUUGGAAAAUUUGUCAUGCGCCGCUUGAUAAGUGGGCUUCCGACUGGUAUCGGUGUGAUGCAUGACAAACUAUUUCAACUUUGACGAUUUCGAUCCUGACACACCCAUAACUACCGCGACGCGAUUGUGUUACGGGCAAACACGUUGGUGAACCUGGGUAGGUACCAAGAGGCGGUCCAAUCGCUAGAGGGGACCACGCGGUCGAUGUUUGAGCACGACGCCCUUGUCCAGCACGCGCACCAGAAGGCGGUGUUCGAAUUGCGCAAAUCACAGAGACCGGACUACUACGACGUUUUGAGUAAGCCGUACAAGACGACGCAACAGAGGCCAGCAGCGUGGUCUUCAAAGCAGGAUGGCGACAACAAAGAGGACCAAAGCAGCUCAAACUGCGAAAGCGCAAAUAAUCCAGUUCCAAACGGUUCGUCAAAUUCAGAAGGCGAAAAUCACGUCACGAAUCACGCCCAGAAACGUGUCAAGCGAAACGAUUCAGAUAAUGUGUCGGAUCUCGAUGAACACAACUCCGAAGCAGAGCCUUGCUCCUCCCCGAAAAAUAUGGAACAGGAGCAACAAAAAGCAGAACAAGAAGACGAGCACCAGCAAAACAAGUCCUACUACAAGCUCUCUUCCUUCUCCACCCAAUUUGACAUCAAAAACUGCUACAAGCAGCGGUGUUUGGAGCUCCACCCGGAUAAACACGCAGGAGAGUCGGAGGCGGAUCAGAAAGCGGCGAAAGAACGUUUUCAGCUGGUCGGGGAGGCAUUUGAGAUUUUGAACGACGACGCGAAGAGGAAAUUAUGGGACGAAGGAUAUGACAAGCAGGCAAUUGAGGAGAGAUUGCGCAUGAUGAACGAGGCUGCGCACAGGCACUCGGGGUGGGGCAGCCACGGUGGUGGCGGGGGAGGGCAUCAUCACCACCAUUAAGUAGGUAAAUUUUGGUGUGCAGUAGAACAAGAAAAAAUGAUGUGCAAAUAGUAAUAGAUAUACAUAUAGAGACUUUCCGUACGCCUACGAAUUCCUCUCGAAAACAAU